UUACGCCCCAAUGUCGUUCACAACAACGGCAAUCUUGUAUCCGUGGUCGCUGGUGAGGAUGUGCUUGAGAAGAGUCGUCUUGCCAGCUCCCUGGAACGGUCAGAGACGAAGCCGGUUGUACUUGUGAGGGCACGUACCAAGAAACCAGAGAGAAGGGUUACGGGGAGCGGUUUCUCGGGCAGUUUGACGGGGGUCGCUUUCUUGGCCCCUUUGCUCCCAGGGUUGUUGCGUUCCUUUUUGGUAGCUACGGCCAUCUUGAGAGGACUUGAGUGAGUGUGAUGAAGCAGUACUGAAUGGAAUACUGCUAUGACCAAGGUAGAGUUUCCUCAGGAGAGAAUGUGAGGAAGAGAUUCGGCAGAUGGCAUGAGGAGACCAAAGAAGAAAAGCCCUGACCAGGGUGUUUUAGCCUUUCUGAAUUUUAUUCUAUGGUUUCUAGAAUAUUGUAUUUCGCUUUGUGGCUUUCUCUUGCGUCCUUCAAGGAUCCCGUCAUUGUGGUUGGAACGGCUUCAAGUUGACCAUCAGGGUCCCCAAUCCAGGGUCGACGAUGAAGCCGGCUUAUCCAUCGCGCAUAUGGCCGGUUCGUCAUUGGCUCCGUACUUGAUUAGUCUCCAGAAACCUUCGCGCGUCAUGAAUGGCCGAGCAGUAUUUCUCGUAACACAUGCGGCAAAACGAGAAGCCCAGUGUGGUGCAUUCACGAUGCGUGCCACGCGUGGUCGUCGCGCCAGGUGUCAUCAAGGUUCCCAAUCUAGGGCCAGGCCUUCUGACAUUGUUCAUGCUGAUAAGAGAGGCGAGCGCACAUUCAGUUUUCGAAAUCGAUCGCUUUGGACGUGGGUAUUUGAGAAGACGGCUGCAAGGCUUGGAGCUUCAUGGAAUUGACUGCUUGAGCUGCCGGCGCCGACACUUACACGUUCAUCUUUCCCUGUCAAGGCCGCAGAACGCGCCAAAUUAAAGUUCAAAACGACAUUCUGAUCAAUGUGGGAAUUUCGACCUCAGUACAGGCCUCUACAUGUGA